UUGCCAUUAGUUGCCUUGACAGAGAAAUGGAAGGAAAAGAGAAACUUGAUCACUUCAAAGUUGGAUCUCUGCCAACUAUAAUGUACAUUCCUGAGUUCAUUACGCAUAACGAACAAACCAACCUUCUAAAUAAUAUCAAUGGAGCUCCCGUAUCGAAGUGGAAAUCUUUAAAGAACAGAAGGCUACAGAAUUGGGGUGGUGUUGUCCAUGAAAAAGGUCUUCUAUCACAAGAUUUGCCGCCUUGGCUAAUGAAGGUCACACAGAAGAUAAACGAGGAAACAGGACUAUUCCCUUCACCAAUAAAUCAUGUUCUUAUCAAUGAAUACCUUCCGAACCAGGGGAUCAUGCCACAUCAGGAUGGUCCUGCUUACUUUCCAGUGGUAGCAAUUCUAUCUCUUGGCUCGCCUGUUGUUAUGGACUUCACUCCCCAUUCGCGAUUGAGAGCAUGCACAAGCACACUGACAGAAGAUGCCAAGGAAGAGAGAUUUUCUUAUGGAAAUAUUGAGAAUGAGAAAGACAAAUCGUCAGACAACAACAAUCACCAUCCCUUUUCUGUGCUAUUGAUGCCUCGGAGUUUAUUGAUAUUUGAAGAUUCAGCAUAUUCAGAUUACUUACAUGGUAUAAAGGACUCGGUGAUGCACUGUUUCGACGGGGUUGUAAAUGAAGUUGAAGUUCUAAAUCAGAAAGAACCAGAUCCUGAACUGUCUCGAGAUCUCAAGAGCAUCCAACGGACUACCAACCGAAUUUCACUUACCUGUCGAUUGGUUUUGAAAGUUCACAAGAAUUUAUUCAAGUUUUAGAGUCUCAUUGCUGAGUUACUUGGUCGACGUGGUGUCAUUUAUUUAGUUCAAUGAGAAAGCUGUAAGCAAUUAAGCAGUUCGUAUAGGCUGUAAGUUUGUUAAUUAUUAUCUCCUUUAGUUGAUGGUAUAUUGACGGUUAGUGUUUGGUUAGUUGAUUCUUGUGAAAUGUAAAAUGGCACCUCUAAAAAUAUUUAUUAACUCGGUUUAAAAGGAAAAAAA